AUGCUUUUACUUCCUGAAAGUUUUCUUACUUUUCUGGUAUGCCACCUCUUUCUUUUUUUUUUCUUUUGCCCGAUUUAUCACGCGGCUUAUAAUGAUCUGAAUUCUUCCAUCUAUCUAUCUAUCUAUCUAUCUAUCUAUCUAUCUAUAAAUGAAAGAGAAAGCAACAGCUGGAAAAGUCAGUUCAAAUUAUCUCUUUUAUUUUAUAAUUCUCCGCACAGUUUUCCUUCUUUUGAGAACGCAGACACAUCCAUACACAAGAAGGUACACGUCCGCACACACAAUACACAUGCGUGCAUAUCUAUCUAUCUAUCUAUCUAUCUAUCUAUCUAUCUAUCUAUCUAUCUAUCUAUCUAUCUAAGUCUGUCCAAAUCUAUCUAUCCUAACUAUCGAUUUUAUUUCAUAACGUAUAAAACCUACGAAUAUAUGUCUCCUCAAUCAUCAAGGAAUAUUAAGAAAUAA